AUGCAUGAAACGAUCAUCCGGCUAGCCAAUGUGUGGAAGACGUGCAACAAGAUCCGCGCCGCAGCCUUCCGCGUUGGGCUGAGCUUGUGGGACUGGUACCGGCCGCUCGACCCUGAGGGAAACUCGCUCAUAUCUGAGUCCAAGUUCGUGUCGAUACUAGCCGGUCCGCUGCGCUCGGUGAUCGGUUUAUCUGAUGAUGAGAUCGCACAGCUAGCUGACUACUUCAGGGCGCAAGACGGACGUGUGCUGUACCACCAGCUCUGUCAAAUCAUUCAUGGUGAAGAUCCUGGCGGCCGAGACAAGACAUCGGCGGACUGCAUCCUAGAAGCGUGCCCACCUCCCCCUGAGCCAGCGUGCCACACCUUGGACGUAUGGCAGACCAGACGCCUCUGCUGUCUUUUAGCCACUAUUGCCGCACGCAACCUUCCACUGAAGCCUUACUUCCAGGACUACGAGCUAGUAGCCAAGAACGAUGGUCGCAUCACAUUCGCGCACUUCGCGCGCAUCCUCACCUACAUCGGGGUCAUCGUGUCUCCUGAGGACUUCAACUUGCUGGUGCGAAAGUUCAUCAAAGACUCCUACACAUUGGACUAUGUCGAAUUCCUCAAGGCAGUGGAAGCAGUGAAGAAGGAGGGCAUCCGAGGACUUGGGCCGGAGUAUGAACACCCGGCGGCAGUGAUUGACACUACUUUGCCGAAAUUGGUGCGACCAGAGAUCGAGGCUGGUCUGUCGACUGCGCCGUUAGGCUCUACAGAAGUGUUCCACCCAGCGUUAGCAUCACAACGUCCAACGCGAGAGCUCGUCGAUAUCAUGUUGCGGGUGCAGGAGUUCGUGAAACAACGGAGCGUCAGGGUCUCUGAAUUUUUCAGGGACUACGACCCCUUAAACUGCGGCCGUAUUCCACCGCAGCAGUUCCGCCGCGCGAUGGACAUUAUGGGCCUGUCCAAAAUUUUAUCUGCAGAAGAAACAAUUUGCGUCAUGAGGCACUACGUCGAUCCUAACGACCCGCAAAGAGUGUGCUGGAGAACCUUCGAGGAUGACUGCGACCAAGUAUUCACAACCAAAGAGCUUGAGAAGCACCCGGAUGCGGUGGCGGGAGCAGCAGGUGCUAUGGCAGCACAGCUUCCUCCUCUGGGUUCGGCAGCUGACCGCGGAGAGGGAGAAUCGCGCGCUGACCUGGACGCUGCGCAGGCGGCGCUGCUACGUGUCCGUGCCGCUUGCGUUGAGCGCUCUAUCGAUCUACGACCUGCUUUCUCAGAACACGAUGAACACAACAACGGGCACGUGUCGCGUGCGCAGGUGCGCCGCAUACUAGCGCGGUUGGGGGUGCUGCCCUCGGCUGCGCAGGUGCGCGCGCUUGAGGCGCGCUACCUCGACGACUGCGGCUUCAGCUACGUCAGGUUGUUGGAAGAGAUGGAGGAGCGCCCCGCAGAGAGCGCCACCAUCGCGGGCCCCUCGACGUCAGUCAGCCGCGGCGCGCGCUCCUCGACCCCUGACCCACUGCAGACUGACAUCGUACAGAUCCUGGCAAAGAUCAAGGGCAAGAUGGUACGUGAAGGUAUACGGCCGCGUGAGUUCCUGCGUCAGUUUGACGCUCACAACGAGCUGGUGAUCCCGCGAGCAGACUUCUACCGCGGGCUCGCUUCUGCCGGCCUUCCUCUAUCACCUCUCGAAAUGGACACCCUCAUGGAAGUUUUCUGUGCGCCGAAUCGUCGCCGCUACAUAGAAUACGAACGCUUCUGUUCUGUGGUGGGUGAGGCGCUGACGCAAGGAGGCCUGGAGCGGGCGCCGCUGCUCGAGCCCAUCCCGCACGUGCCCACCAUAGACACUCCCCUCAAUUUCCUCAACUUCGAGGAGAGGAAUAUUGUCUCUAUGGCACUUAAGAAGCUGUCCAAGUAUCCAGACCAGCUGUCCAACAUACUGGAGUUGUUCCAAGACAUGGACCGGGAGAAGUGCGGCACGAUUCCGAUCGUGUGCGUGGAGCGCGCGCUGUGCAUGCGGUCGCUGCUGUCGCUGGUGUCGGCUCGCGAGCGCGCCCUGCUCUACAAGUGCUUCGGCUACAGCCGCGGAUGUGGCCUCGAGGUCAACUACCGAGCGUUCUGCAAGGCUCUGGACGUGCUACACGCCACCGCCAGCGCCCAGCCCUGCUGA